CGACGUUGCACGUACAUCGCGUGUACCUCUUCUCUGUAUAUAUACAACGCUUACCGAUCACGGACUCGCUGUAUCUGUCCAAUCCCUACUAUUCCCAUACUUCAAGCCGCGCACAGAGGCUGCGGAGGCUAUCUGGGAAACUGCGUGUGAUCAUCCUACGCAGCUCGUUUCGCCACUUCGGGGCAGAGGUCCGCCCCGCUCAUCGCCAUGAGCCGCGCUCCGCGCGUGAUGUUGAGGACGACGCUGGCCAUCCCAGCCAUACACUGCCCCUCAUGCGUGGAACACAUUCGCAGCCUGCUCAGCUCCCUCUCGCACCGAAUCGAAGCGAGCGUUUCCAUCUCUGGCAUCACAGCUUCCUCGGCUUCCUCUGCGAAGAAGCAAGGCCUGUGUGCAACGCCGAUCGCAGAUGUUUCAGUCUCGCUCAUCGACAGCACUGUCUCCUUCACGCAUCCUGCUUGCCCGCAGAAAGCUCCAACGAGCUCCAUUCUGGACAAGGCAUACGUGAUCAGUCUGCUUAGUCAAGUACACGACGCGCUUGGCGCAGAUGGGUACACUCCACAAGGAGCAGAGACGCGCGAGCUCGGCGCUCGUCCCAGCCACGGCAGGUCCCUCUCUCUACCAUGGCUCGACUCUGUGGAAGCUUUCGAUGCGGAUCUGCCUGCAAACGCAACGGUAUCGCCGUCCUCAGCUUUGCCCACCUCUUCGUCUUUCUCCGCUUCGCUCUCCAACUUGAGAUCACUGGUGAAUCCCUUCCGUCAUGACACGGAGGGCAAAGACAAAGGCAAUGCGGUCCGCACGGAGGAGCGCUGGCGGCGACAUUUGGAGGCUUGUGUCGCUUGUCGAGAAGAGGCGCAGCAUACAGUCAAUCGAAGGCCAGGUCACGCUGCGAGCUCCGACACGCAACCCCCCGACGGCCCGGAUGAGUCCCGCGGGCAACCUAGCGAGGCUUUCAACGUGACGCUAGCUGUAGGUGGCAUGACGUGCGCGAGCUGCACAAAUGCUGUCACUGCUGCAGCAGAAAGCCUCAACGCCCCUCACCUACCCGCUCGCGUGCGUGACUUUUCUGUGGAGCUCCUUUCCAACUCUGCACGAGCUCUAGUUUCCAGCAAGGAAGAUGCUGAAGCGCUAAGAUCGACCAUCGAAGACGCUGGUUAUGACGCGACGCUGGUGAGCAUCGCGUCUACAGGCUCAUCAAUGCACAAGCAGCAGUCGAGGCAGCACCCUACUCGCGAUCACUCGAGCGGUCCACCUGUAUGGCUAGCAAAUCUCGCGAUUGGCGGAAUGACCUGUGCAUCUUGCGUAGGCAACGUCACUGGGGUAGUAAAAGCGAGCAUGUCGGACAAGAUUGUGAUCGAAUUCAAUGUCUCGCUACUCGAGAAUGGGGCGUCAGCGAAACUCCGUGCGGACGACAAUCUCGAAGCGCAAAAAUGGGCGAAAGAGAUAUGCCAAGCGAUUCAAGACUCUGGCUAUGACGCGGAGCUCGCCAGUCUCGAGCUCGACGUCGCCUCUGAUGGGCAUCUGCCUCAUGAUGGCGUCUUGGAGAGGAGCGCCAGAAUACGUGUGGAUGGGAUGUUCUGCAAUCACUGCGUAUUUAAGGUCCAGCGUCAUCUUUCUGCCAUGAUGGAGGACUUUGGACCGGCCUUUAGCGUCGAGCAAGACGACGUGACUGCUUUCAGUCUUUCGCGACCGGUGAUCACCGUCUGCUAUCUGCCCUCUCGAAAGUUGAAUCUGCGCUCGAUCAUCAAAGCUCUGCAGGAUUUGGAUCCAGCCUUUUUCGUAGAACACCUGCCAGCGCCAUCCUUGGCUUCUCGAAGCGCCAAAUUGGCCCGAAAGGAGCUAAUGAAUUAUAUCGUCAGGCUCGCCAUAGCUUGCAUGUUUGUGCCGCCGACGCUCGUGCUGGGUGUGAUCGCCCCGAUGCUGUCUUCACAUCAUCCCUUGCGGCACACUUUCGAUCGACCAGUGUGGGGCGGCGCUUCUCUGGGUGAGGUGUCCCUGUGGCUUUUGGCCACGCCGGUCCAAUUUGGCGUAGGCUCGCUUUUCUACUCUCGAUCCAUCAAGAGCUUCAAAAGUGUUUGGCGACCGGGUCGCAGCUGGUCAGAAAGGUUACUACGAUGGGGCAACAUGGAGGUCCUCGUGGCACUCGGCACAUCCAUCUCUUACUUCGCUUCCCUCGGCUUCAUGCUCGUCAAUGUGGUUCGCGGUGCAAGUGCGCCCAGUGGAGAGUCUAUGACGUUCUUCGACACCAGCGUCUUCCUCAUUGCUUUCAUCCUCUUGGGCAGGGUACUCGAGGCCUGGUCCAAGCGCAAGACUGGUGACUCUGUCGCUGCUUUGGGAGCCUUGCGCCCGUCAAAGGGACUCCUGGUGCUUUCAGACUGUGAGCACGCCGAGAAUACCGGCGGCACUGAGGAGGUAGGCGUAGAGUUGCUGGAGGUGGGCGAUCUUGUGCUCGUGCCGACUGGCUCCUCGCCGCCUCUGGACAGCGUCUUAGUCAUCACAUCCGACUCACGCGGAGCAUUGUUCGACGAGUCUAGCUUGACAGGGGAAAGCUUGCCUGCUGCCAAAGGCGACGGCGAUCAACUGUAUGCCGGAACUGUCAAUGUCAGCUCUCAUCCGGUUACGGCUCGCGUCACUGCCGUCGUUGGUGACCAGCUGCUCGAUGGGAUCCUCGACGUUGUUCGCAGCGCUUCGAGCCGCAAAGCUUCUCUCGAGCGCAUUGCUGAUCGAGUAACGAGCAUGUUCGUCCCGCUCAUCGUCUAUACUGCGGUGAUUGUGCUCUGCACGUGGCUUUUGCUGCUCAACUACGUGUUGUCGCCCGCUUGGAUCCAGAGAAUGGUCCCGCAUUCUGCAGAACCGGGAGCUUGGUUCAUAUUUGCCCUGCGCUUCGCCAUCAGCUUUGUCGUCGUUGCAUGUCCCUGUGGCAUCGGACUUGCCGCACCCACGGCACAAAUGGCCGGCAUUGGCCUCGCAAGCAAAUACGGCAUCCUAGCAAACGGCGGUGGAGAAGCUUUUCAAUCGGCUUCUCAGUCAGGUGUGAGGGAGACGAUUGUCGUCUUCGACAAGACUGGUACUCUGACCGAGGGGGUAGGUCAGGUCGUUGACACAAUCACGCUUCCAUCGGAUGGGUCUCUUUCCGAGAAUAGAGUAUGGGCUGCCUUGGACAUUACCGAGCAAAACAGCUCGCACCCUCUCGCCGAUGCGUUGCGUGAUCAUUGCGCCAAACUUUCUACCGCCUCGGCAAAUAGCAAGAGCAGCCUCAAGCUGCGCGACGUUCAAGAGCUGUCGGGCAAAGGCCUACACGCACGUUUCGGUGUAGCAAACGGCGACAUCCAGUCUUCGUUCGAGCUGUACGUUGGAAACAGACGUUUGUUGGGCGAAGCGGGUUGUGAUGAGCUCUGCGCAGAGGUGAUGUCAACAGUUGAAAGCUGGCAGGCAAAAGCGUGGUCACCGGUCUUCGUGGCCAUCCGCAGCGAGAAGACUGUAGCGAUACGAGCAGUGCUGGCAGUCGCAGAUCCCGUCCGGACCGAAGCAAAAGCCCUCGUGGCUUGGCUUCAUCGCCAGGCUAUCGAGCCUUGGAUUGUCAGCGGCGAUGCGGAGGCCGUCGCCAAAGCUGUGGGGGCCCAAAUCGGCAUUCGACCAGAGAACAUCGUCGCAGGCGUAUUACCAGCCGGUAAAGAGGAGACCAUCCGGAGAAUUCAAGAUGCCGGCGGAGAAAGAGCAGGCAUAAAGGCGCGCCACAGUCGAAGCUGCAGCCUUGGCCCAUCGCGAGAAGUGCUUGCUCCACUCGUAUUUUUUGUGGGCGAUGGCAUCAACGACGCACCAGCAUUGACUGCAGCUGAUGUUGGCAUAGCCAUGGGCAGCGGCUCAGCCAUAGCUUCGACCAGCGCGGAUUUCAUUCUCCUCUCUCCUAAUGCUCCGCUCUCCUCCAUCCCGUCUCUCAUCUCUUUGAGUCGAGCAACGACCAACAAAGUGUUGCAGAACUUCGUUUGGGCCGCCGCCUUCAAUCUGACGUUGUUGCCCACUGCAGCGGGCAUCUUGAUGCCGUUGGGUUUCGAGCUUCCCCCUUCUCUCAGUGGACUUGCGAUGGCGGUGUCAUCGACCUCUGUCGUUCUCAACGCCCUCACGCUCCGUCUUUGGAGGCCGCCGGCCGCUUGGGAGUCCUCCGAAACCACGCCAUUGCUACGAAGCUGAUACUCUGCUCUGAGCUUUACCCUCCUGCAACACAUCAUCAUCAUCGUCUACAUGCUUAUACCAAGUCUUAGAGACACAUCACGUCCUGCAACAGAAUUCCGAUUUGAUUGAUGCUACAC